AUGUCUUUAAUCGACGACUUCAUAGAACAAUCAAAUGAGGUGUUGGCGCCAUCUAAUGUUAGCAACUUAUUUUUGGAAGCCUCGGGUUUCGAGCCGGCCGAUCCAGUUCAUAUGUUAGAAACUGGUUUUGUUAGUGCUGGUUUAGCCGACGACGAUUCGGGUAUUUUUACUUUAGAUCGUGUCCAAUUUCAGCCCCCUGCCCCAAUGGUUGCAAUGGCUGUAUCAAAUGAAGUUCUCGUAAUGGCUUUGGAAUCGAAUCAUAUCUUAAGAAUUGACUUACAACAAGCACAUAAUGUUGAAGUGAAGAUCUACAAAGUAUUCUUUGAUCCAACCGGUCGACAUUUACUUAUUACUACCGAACAAGGAGAAAACUUUUACAUAUUUGAAAAAUGGAAAAAAGCCAAAGUUCUUUCAAAGUUUAAGGGUAUAAUAAUUGAAUCUGUUGGAUGGAAUAAAACCGUAGGAACUUCUGACACUUCAACCAAAAAGAUUCUAAUUGGAAGCCGUAAUGGUAUUAUUUACGAAGCCGAAAUAGAAUCAACCGAUGAAUACUUUAAAAGAGGGGGAGGGGAGAAAUAUAUCAAACAGGUAUAUUCGUUAAAUGAUAAUCAACCUAUUACCGGUCUUCGAGUCGAAGAGUUUCCUGCAAUUCUUCGAAAAUAUUUCAUAUUAGCUACAACUCCUACGAGAAUAUAUCAAUUCAUAGGCCAUGCAAACCCUGGUGCUGAUAUAGAUGCUCCUGGCAUUUAUCAUGGUAGUCUUGUUUUUGGGUCUCAAGACCAUGUGGUUGAUAGUGCAAAAUUGUUACCAUACCCUUCAAUGCCUUCAGAAAAUGAUCCAUCUACCAUGAUCACCGAAAAUCCUUUGUCAAUUGCUCUUACUGAAUUUCAUUUUAUUUUGUUAUAUAAAGAACGUAUUAGAGCUAUUUGUCAGUUAAAUGAUCAAAUAGUUUAUGAAGAAAUUAUCCCUCUUAAAGUUGGUGAGGUAGUUAAAAGUAUGGCCAUAGAUAGUGUCAAAAAUACGUUCUGGAUUUAUACUGAUUGUACCAUAUUUGAGCUUAUUGUUGCGAAAGAAGAUAGAGAUGUAUGGAAGUUGUAUCUAGAAAAGCAACAAUUUGAUACCGCGCUACAAUAUUGCAAGAAUCCUGCUCAACGUGAUGAAGUUCUUACUACUCAGGCAGAUUAUUACUUUUCUCAAGGUCGAUUCCUUUUAUCGGCAACUUACUACGCCCAAUCCACUGUUCAUUUCGAAGAAGUCGCACUUAAAUUUGUAGAACGAGAUGAAAGGGAUGCAUUAAGGAACUAUCUAUUGAAUAAAUUGGAAAAACUUCGGCGUACAGAUUUAACUCAGAAAACAAUGAUUGCUACUUGGCUCGUCGAAAUAUAUCUUAGUAAAAUUAACCUGCUUGAGGAUUUAACAGCAUCAGGUUCUAGUUCUGACGACACUAGUAAUUAUAAAGCUGAACAGAAAGCUCUAGAAGGGGAAUUUCAAAAUUUUCUAGAACAAUUCAAGGCAUUUAUAUUUAUUCAUGACAAACGAACGACAUACAACCUAAUCGCUAGUCAUGGACGUACCGAAGAGCUCUUAUUUUAUGCUUCAUUAAUUGGCGACUACGAUAAAGUAAUUUCUCAUUGGGUUCAAGAAAAAGAUUAUAAACAAGCUUUAGAUGUUCUUAGUAGACAAGCUUCAAUUGAUGUGUAUUAUAAAUUUGCCCCAAUUUUAAUGGAAAAUGCACCAUAUGAAACGGUUAAUGUCUGGAUGAGACAACCAAACCUCAACCCUAGAAACUUGAUGCCUGCGUUAUUGAAAUACGAUCACUCAAAAACCUCAGAAGAUGUUACUCAAAAUCAAGCUAUAAGAUAUUUACAUUAUGUAGUAUCGCAACUGAACAACACCGAUCCGGCAAUUCACAAUUUUCUUCUUACGUUAUAUGCCACACAACCUACAUCAAAUAAUGACGAAUCCUCUCUGCUGAAAUUUUUGGCGACAGAAGGAAAGGAGCCUUAUUAUAACAUGGAUUACGCCCUACGGCUUUGUAGUCAAAACGGAAAGACACAAAGUUGUGUACAUAUUUAUAGCAAUAUGGGUCUUUUCGAGGAAGCUGUUGACCUAGCUUUAAAGCAUAAUGAUUUGGAGCUUGCAAGAAUCAAUGCUGACAAGCCAGAAGACGAUGAAGCAUUACGCAAAAAGCUUUGGCUUAAGAUUGCACGACACGUGGUUGAGAAAAAACAAGAUAUCAAAAUGGCAAUGGAUUAUUUGCAGCAUUGCGAACUACUUAAGAUCGAAGAUAUUUUACCCUUUUUCCCUGACUUUGUUCUAAUCGAUAAUUUCAAGAGUGAAAUAUGCGCCGCUCUCGAGGAGUACAAUACACACAUCGAAGACUUAAAACAAGAAAUGGAAGAAGCAACCAAAAGUGCAGAAAGCAUCCGAUUAGAUAUACGAGAGUUGCGAAGUCGACGUAAUUUUGUUAGAUUCGCGAUUGUCACGUCCGGAGAGAAAUGUUCAUUAUGCGAUUUCCCACUCUUGACAAGGCAAUUUUAUAUAUUCCCGUGUCAACAUGCAUUUCAUUCAGACUGUUUAAUUCAAGAGGUUACAAAGCACCUUAACACAGUCCAACUUCGCAAAAUUUUAGAGCUUCAAGAACAAAUAGGAAAGGAAAGAGCAAAAGAAUUAUCUAAUUUUAAUCAUCCGCCAGAUAGUACAGCACGUGGUCGCAAUUCUUUUACUCCUGGAGGUUUAGAUCGAUUAAAGGGAUUGAUAUUACCGGAUGUUGCUACACAUAGUGGUGACGAUGUAGCUGUAGUCGUGUCAAAGGUUGAUCAAUUGAAGGAUGAAUUAGAUGAUUUAGUAGCCUCAGAAUGUGUUUUGUGUGGUGAUAUGAUGAUCAAGACUAUUGAAAAGCCUUUUAUUAAUGAAGAAGAAAGUGAUCUGCUAGUAUCAUGGGCUAUCUAA